GCCUGGAGAAAACAAGACCUCAGGAGCCAUUUAUGGCCACUGGUGCUGCUAAUACUAAUCAACAUUCAAACAGCAGCAGAAGCGAAAAGCACCUUAAGUGGUACAAAGGAACCGACAGUGACAGGGGGCACAGCGAAGGAGGAAAACAGCGUGACGCUAGGCCUGACAGAGGCGACAGGGGAGAGCGGCAGUCGCAACCCGAGUGAAAGGGGAAAACAAGAAAACUCGGGCUCCGCCGCCGCUGGCAUGGGCGGCACGCGGGGCCCCUCCAUGUCGACACGCGACGCCACCUCGGCACCCGCAGGCCUCGCCAUGGCAGGCCUGGCCUUGCCCACAGGCCCCUCCGCCACCCCGCAGCGCUCUGGCCCCUCCGCCACCGCCUCCAGCCCCGCCGCCGCCGCCUCCAGUCCCUCUGCCGCCGCCCCCUCGGGCCCUGGCAGCCUCCUCGCCAGCGCCGUGCCGCAGGCUGCCGCAGUCUCCCCACACGCCGCUCCGGCCCUGGCCUCGCAGGCCACCUCCACCACAGGCCUGCAAACUACUCCAGGAAUCGCUCCCACCCAGGCAGAGGCAUUGACAACGUCCACUCCAACAACACCCGUGCCAACUAGCAUGUCCACUGAGGGGCCAAAAAGCAGAGCUGUUGAGACAAGCACUCCCGUCAGCAAGUCUGCGGCAAUCACCCCUGCUUCCCAAAAGACAACUGCUGCCUCCCCAGCUCCCCAUUCUUCCUCUACUGCACCAACAGCUCCGCAGGGGACGAGCACUGGUCCCUCGACUAUUACCACAGUCCCAGCAACUAGUGGAGGAAUCGCUUCCACCCAGGCAGAGGCAUCGACAACGUCCAUUCUGACAACACCUGUGCUAACUAGCAUGUCGACUGAGGGACCAACAAGCCAAGCUGUUGAGACAAGCACUCCCAUCACAAAGUCCAUGGCUAUCACCCCUGCUUCCGAAAAGACUACUGCUGCCUCCCCAGCUCCCCAUUCUUCCACAACUGCACCAACAGUUCCACAAGGGACGAGCACUGGUCCCUUGACUACUACUGCAGUCCCACCAACUAGUGGAGGAAUCACUUACACCCAGGCAGAGGCAUUUACAACGUCCACUCCGACAACACCCAUGCCAACUAGCAUGUCUAUAGAGGGGUCGACAAACCGAGCUGUUGAGACAAGCACUCCCAUCAGCAAGUCUGCGGCUAUUACCACUGCUUCCCAAACGAGCACAGCAUCUCCCACAGCUCUCAGUCCUUCCUCUGAUGCAACAAGAGCUCUGCGGGGGAAGAGCACAGGUCCCCUGACUCCUAUCGCAGUCCGAACAAUUAGUGCAAGAAUCGCCUCCACCCAGGCAGAGGCAUUGACAACAUCAAGUCCGACAACACCCGUGCCAACUAGCCUGUCAACUGAGGGACCAACAACCCAAGCUGCUGAGACAACCGCUGCCAUCACUAAGUCCCCGGCUAUAACCACUGCUUCCCGAAAGACUACUGCUGCCUCCCCAGCUCCCCAUUCUUCCUCUGCUGCAACAAGAGCUCUGCAGGGGACAAGCAUUGGUCCCUCGACUCCUGCCGCAGUCCCACCAACUAUUGGAGGAAUCGCUUCCACCCAGGCAGAAGCAUCGACAAUGUCCACUCUGAUAACACCCGUGCCAACUAGCCUGUCCACUGAGGGGACAACAAGCCAAGCUGUUGAGACAACCGCUCCCAUCACUAAGUCCCCGGCUAUCACCACUGCUUACCGAAAGACUACUGCUGCCUCCCCAGCUCCCCAUUCUUCCUCUGCUGCAACAGGAGCUCCGCAGGGGACCAGUGAUGGUCACCUGACUACUACCGCAGUCCCACCAACUAGUGGAGGAAUCACUUCCACCCAUGCAGAGGCAUCGACAACGUCCACUCCGACAACACCCGUGCCAACUAGCAUGUCCACUGAGGGGUCAAGUAGCAACGCUGUUGAGACAACCGCUCCCAUCACAAAGUCCAUGACUAUCACCCCUGCUUCCCGAAAGACUACUGCAGCCUCCCCAGCUCCCCAUUCUUCCACAACUGCACCAACAGUUCCACAAGGGACGAGCGCUGGUCCCUUGACUCCUGCCACAGUCCCACCAACUAGUGGAGGAAUCGCUUCCACCCAGGCAGAGGCAUCGACAACAUCCACUCCGACAACACCCAUGCCAACUAGCAUGUCCACUGAGGGGUCAAGUAGCCAAGCUGUUGAGACAAGCACUCCCAUCACUAAGUCCCCGGCUAUCACCCCUGCUUCCCGAAAGACUACUGCUGCCUCCCCAGCUCCCCAUUCUUCCUCUGCUGCAACAGGAGUUCCGCAGGGGACGAGCACUGGUCCCCCGACUACUACCGCAGUCCCACCAACUAGUCCAGGAAUCACUUCCACCCAGGCAGAGGCAUCGACAACGUCCACUCCGACAACACCCGUGCCAACUAGCAUGUCGACUGAUGGGCCCAGAAGCCCAGCUGUUGAGACAAGCACUCCCAUCACACAGUCCAUGGCUAUCACCCCUGCUUCCCAAAAGACUACUGCUGCCUCCCCAGCUCCCCAUUCUUCCUCUACUGCACCAACAGUUCCACAAGGGACGAGCGCUGGUCCCUCGACUCCUAUCGCAGUGCCACCAACUAGUGCAAGAAUCGCUUCCACCCAGGCAGAGGCAUCGACAGCAUCCAUUCCGCCAACACCCGUGCCAACUAGCAUGUCUACAGAGGGGUCAAGAAGCCAAGCUGUUGAGACAACCGCUCCCAUCAGCAAGUCUGCGGCUAUUACCACUGCUUCCCGAAAGACGACUGCUGCCUCCCCAGCACCCCAUUCUUCCUCUGCUGCACCAACAGCUCCACAGGGGAUGAGUACUGGUCCCUCGGCUAUUACCACAGUCCCAUCAACUAGUGGAGGAAUCGCUUCCACCCAGGCAGAGGCAUCGACAACGUCCACUCCGACAACACCCAUGCCAACUAGCAUGUCCACUGAGGGGUCAAGUAGCCAAGCUGUUGAGACAACCGCUGCCAUAACCAAAUCCACAGCUAUCACCACUGCUUCCCAAACGAGGACAGCAUCUCCCACAGCUGUCAGUCCUUCCUCUACGGCAACAAGAGCUCCCCAAGGGACGAGCGCUGGUCCCUCGACUCCUAUCGCAGUGCCACCAACUAGUGCAAGAAUCGCUUCCACCCAGGCAGAGGCAUCGACAACGUCCACUCCGACAACACCCGUGCCAACUAGCAUGUCCACUGAGGGGUCAAGUAGCAACGCUGUUGAGACAAGCACUCCCAUAACCAAAUCCACAGCUAUCACCACUGCUUCCCAAACGAGGACAGCAUCUCCCACAGCUCUCAGUCCUUCCUCUACGGCAACAAGAGCUCCCCAAGGGACGAGCGCUGGUCCCUCGACUCCUAUCGCAGUGCCACCAACUAGUGCAAGAAUCGCUUCCACCCAGACAGAGGCAUCGACAACGUCCACUCCGACAACACCCGUGCCAACUAGCAUGUCCACUGAGGGACCAACAAGCCAAGCUGUUGAGACAAGCACUCCCAUCACAAAGUCCAUGGCUAUCACCCCUGCUUCCCAAAAGACUACUGCUGCCUCCCCAGCUCCCCAUUCUUCCUCUACUGCACCAACAGUUCCACAAGGGACGAGCACUGGUCCCUCGACUCCUGCCGCAGUCCCACCAACUAGUGGAGGAAUCGCUUCCACCCAGACAGAGGCGUCGACAACGUCCACUCUGACAACACCUGUGCCAACUAGCAUAUCUACAGAGGGGUCAAGAAGCCAAGCUGUGGAGACAAGCACUCCCAUCAGCAAGUCUGCGGCUAUCACCCCUGCUUCCCGAAAGAUGACUGCUGCCUCCCCAGCUCCCCAUUCUUCCUCUGCUGCAACAGGAGCUCUGCAGGGCACCAGUGCUGGUCCCCCGACUACUAGCGCAGUCCAACCAACUAGUGGAGGAAUCGCUUCCACCCAGGCAGAGGCAUCGACAACGUCCACUCCGACAACACCCAUGCCAACUAGCAUGUCCACUGAGGGUGCAAGAAGCCAAGCUGUUGAGACAAGCACUCCCAUAACCAAAUCCACGGCUAUCACUGCUUCCCAAAUGAGGACAGCAUCUCCCACAGCUCUCAGUCCUUCCUCUACGGCAACAAGAGCUCCCCAAGGGACGAGCACUGGUCCCUCGACUCCUAGCGCAGUCCCACCAACUAGUGGAGGAAUCGCUUCCACCCAGACAGAGGCGUCGACAACGUCCACUCCGACAACACCCGUGCCAACUAGCAUGUCCACUGAGGGACCAACAAGCCGAGCUGUUGAGACAAGCACUCCCAUCAGCAAGUCUGCGGCUAUUACCAUUGCUUCCCGAAAGACUACUGCUGCCUCCCCAGCUCCCCAUUCUUCCUCUGCUGCAACAGGAGCUCCGCAGGGGACGAGCACUGGUCCCUUGACUACUACUGCAGUCCCACCAACUAGUGGAGGAAUCGCUUCCACCCAGACAGAGGCGUCGACAACGUCCACUCCGCCAACACCCGUGCCAACUAGCAUGUCUACAGAGGGGUCAAGAAGCCAAGCUGUUGAGACAACCGCUCCCAUUAUCAAAUCCACGGCUAUCACCACUGCUUACCGAACCAUUACAGCAUCUCCCACCGCUCCCCAUUCUUCCAUAACUGCACCAACAGCUCCGCAGGGAACGAGCACUGGUCCCUCGACUAUUACCACAGUGCCACCAACUAGUGGAGGAAUCGCUCCCACCCAUGCAGAGGCAUCGACAACGUCCACUCCGCCAACACCCGUGCCAACUAGCAUGUCCACUGAGGGGUCAAGUAGCCAAGCUGUUGAGACAACCGCUGCCAUCACUAAGUCCCCGGCUAUCACCCCUGCUUCCCGAAAGACGACUGCUGCCUCCCCAGCUCCCCAUUCUUCCUCUGCUGCAACAGGAGCUCUGCAGGGGACCAGUGCGGGUCCCCCGACUCCUAGCGCAGUCCCACCAACUAGUGGAGGAAUCACUUCCACCCAGGCAGAGGCAUCGACAAGGUCCACUCCGACAACACCCAUGCCAACUAGCAUGUCCACUGAGGGCGCAAGAAGCCAAGCUGUUGAGACAAGCACUCCCAUAACCAAAUCCACGGCUAUCACUGCUUCCCAAAUGAAGACAGCAUCUCCCACAGCUCUCAGUCUUUCCUCUACCGCAACAAGAGCUGCCCAAGGGACGAGCACUGGUCCCUCGACUAUUACCACAGUGCCACCAACUAGUGGAGGAAUCGCUCCCACCCAUGCAGAGGCAUCGACAACGUCCACUCCGCCAACACCCGUGCCAACUAGCAUGUCCACUGAGGGGUCAAGUAGCCAAGCUGUUGAGACAACCGCUGCCAUCACUAAGUCCCCGGCUAUCACCCCUGCUUCCCGAAAGACGACUGCUGCCUCCCCAGCUCCCCAUUCUUCCUCUGCUGCAACAGGAGCUCUGCAGGGGACCAGUGCGGGUCCCCCGACUCCUAGCGCAGCCCCACCAACUAGUGGAGGAAUCGCUUCCACCCAGGCAGAGGCAUCAACAGCGUCCACUCCGACAACACCCGUGCCAACUAGCAUGUCCACUGAGGGGUCAAGUAGCCAAGCUGUUGAGACAACCGCUCCCAUCAGCAAGUCUGCGGCUAUUACCACUGCUUCCCGAAAGACGACUGCUGCCUCCCCAGCUCCCCAUUCUUCCACAACUGCACCAACAGCUCCGCAGGGGACGAGCACUGGUCCCUCGACUAUUACUGCAGUCCCAUCAACUAGUGGAGGAAUCGCUUCCACCCAUGCAGAGGCAUCGACAACGUCCACUCCGCCAGCACCCGUGCCAACUAGCAUGUCCACUGAGGGGUCAAGUAGCAACGCUGUUGAGACAAGCACUCCCAUAACCAAAUCCACAGCUAUCACCACUGCUUCCCAAACGAGGACAGCAUCUCCCACAGCUCUCAGUCCUUCCUCUAUGGCAACAAGAGCUCCCCAAGGGACGAGCACUGGUCCCUCGACUCCUGCCUCAGUCCCACCAACUAGUGGAGGAAUCGCUUCCACCCAGACAGAGGCGUCGACAACGUCCACUCUGACAACACCCGUGCCAACUAGCAUGUCUACAGAGGGGUCAAGAAGCCAAGCUGUUGAGAGAACCGCUCCCAUCAGCAAGUCUGCGGCUAUCACCCCUGCUUCCCGAAAGACGACUGCUGCCUCCCCAGCUCCCCAUUCUUCCUCUGCUGCAACAGGAGCUCUGCAGGGCAUCAGUGCUGGUCCCCCGACUACUAGCGCAGUCCAACCAACUAGUGGAGGAAUCGCUUCCACCCAGGCAGAGGCAUCGACAACGUCCACUCCGACAACACCCAUGCCAACUAGCAUGUCCACUGAGGGUGCAAGAAGCCAAGCUGUUGAGACAAACACUCCCAUAACCAAAUCCACGGCUAUCACUGCUUCCCAAAUGAGGACAGCGUCUCCCACAGCUCUCAGUCCUUCCUCUACGGCAACAAGAGCUCCCCAAGGGACGAGCACUGGUCCCUCGACUCCUGCCGCAGUCCCACCAACUAGUGGAGGAAUCGCUUCCACCCAGACAGAGGCGUCGACAACGUCCACUCCGCCAACACCCGUGCCAACUAGCAUGUCCACUGAGGGCCCAACAAGCCGAGCUGUUGAGACAAGCGCUCCCAUCAGCAAGUCUGCGGCUAUUACCACUGCUUCCCGAAAGACGACUGCUGCCUCCCAAGCUCCCCAUUCUUCCACAACUGCACCAACAGUUCCACAAGGGACGAGCACUGGUCCCUCGACUCCUGCCGCAGUCCCACCAACUAGUGGAGGAAUCGCUUCCACCCAUGCAGAGGCAUCAACAGCGUCCACUCCGACAACACCCGUGCCAACUAGCAUGUCCACUGAGGGGUCAAGUAGCCAAGCUGUUGAGACAACCGCUCCCAUCAGCAAGUCUGCGGCUAUUACCACUGCUUCCCGAAAGACGACUGCUGCCUCCCCAGCUCCCCAUUCUUCCACAACUGCACCAACAGCUCCGCAGGGGACGAGCACUGGUCCCUCGACUAUUACCACAGUGGCACCAACUAGUGGAGGAAUCGCUUCCACCCAGGCAGAGGCGUCGACAACGUCCACUCCGCCAACACCCGUGCCAACUAGCAUGUCUACAGAGGGGUCAAGAAGCCAAGCUGUUGAGACAACCACUCCCAUCAGCAAGUCCCCGGCUAUCACCCCUGCUUCCCGAAAGACGACUGCUGCCUCCCCAGCUCCCCAUUCUUCCUCUGCUGCAACAGGAGCUCUGCAGGGGACCAGUGCGGGUCCCCCGACUACUAGCGCAGUCCCACCAACUAGUGGAGGAAUCGCUUCCACCCAGACAGAGGCAUCGACAACGUCCACUCCGACAACACCCAUGCCAAUUAGCAUGUCCACUGAGGGUGCAAGAAGCCAAGCUGUUGAGACAAGCACUCCCAUAACCAAAUCCAUGGCUAUCACUGCUUCCAAAAUGAGGACAGCAUCUCCCACAGCUCUCAGUCCUUCCUCUACGGCAACAAGAGCUCCCCAAGGGAUGAGCACUGGUCCCUCGACUCCUGCCGCAGUCCCACCAACUAGUGGAGGAAUCGCCUCCACCCAUGCAGAGGCAUCAACAGCGUCCACUCCGACAACACCCGUGCCAACUAGCAUGUCUACAGAGGGGUCAAGAAGCCAAGCUGUUGAGACAACCGCUCCCAUUAUCAAAUCCACAGCUAUCACCACUGCUUACCGAACCAUUACAGCAUCUCCCACCGCUCCCCUUUCUUCCAUAAGUGCACCAACAGCUCCGCAGGGGACGAGCACUGGUCCCUCGACUAUUACCACAGUGCCACCAACUAGUGGAGGAAUCGCUCCCACCCAUGCAGAGGCAUCGACAACGUCCACUCCGCCAACACCCGUGCCAACUAGCAUGUCCACUGAGGGACCAACAAGCCAAGCUGUUGAGACAACCGCUGCCAUCACUAAGUCCCCGGCUAUCACCCCUGCUUCCCGAAAGACGACUGCUGCCUCCCCAGCUCCCCAUUCUUCCUCUGCUGCAACAGGAGCUCUGCAGGGGACCAGUGCGGGUCCCCCGACUACUAGCGCAGUCCCACCAACUAGUGGAGGAAUCGCUUCCACCCAGGCAGAGGCAUCGACAACAUCCACUCCGACAACACCCGUGCCAACUAGCAUGUCCACUGAGGGCGCAAGAAGCCAAGCUGUUGAGACAAGCACUCCCAUAACCAAAUCCACGGCUAUCACUGCUUCCCAAACGAGCACAGCAUCUCCCACAGCUCUCAGUCUUUCCUCUACCGCAACAAGAGCUGCCCAAGGGACGAGCACUGGUCCCUCGACUCCUAGCGCAGUCCCACCAACUAGUGGAGGAAUCGCUUCCACCCAGGCAGAGGCAUCAACAGCGUCCACUCCGCCAACACCCGUGCCAACUAGCAUGUCUACAGAGGGGUCAAGAAGCCAAGCUGUUGAGACAACCGCUCCCAUCAGCAAGUCUGCGGCUAUUACCACUGCUUCCCGAAAGACGACUGCUGCCUCCCAAGCUCCCCAUUCUUCCACAACUGCACCAACAGCUCCGCAGGGGACGAGCACUGGUCCCUCGACUAUUACCACAGUGGCACCAACUAGUGGAGGAAUUGCUUCCACCCAUGCAGAGGUAUCGACAACGUCCACUCCGACAACACCCAUGCCAACUAGCAUGUCCACUGAGGGGUCAAGUAGCCAAGCUGUUGAGACAACCGCUGCCAUCACUAAGUCCCCGGCUAUCACCCCUGCUUCCCAAAAGACUACUGCUGCCUCCCCAGCUCCCCAUUCUUCCUCUGCUGCAACAGGAGCUCCGCAGGGGACGAGCGCUGGUCCCCCGACUACUAGCGCAGUCCCACCAACUAGUGGAGGAAUCACUUCCACCCAGGCAGAGGCAUCGACAACGUCCACUCCGCCAACACCCGUGCCAACUAGCAUGUCCACUGAGGGGUCAAGUAGCCAAGCUGUUGAGACAACCGCUGCCAUCACUAAGUCCCCGGCUAUCACCCCUGCUUCCCGAAAGACGACUGCUGCCUCCCCAGCUCCCCAUUCUUCCUCUGCUGCAACAGGAGCUCUGCAGGGGACCAGUGCGGGUCCCCCGACUACUAGCGCAGUCCCACCAACUAGUGGAGGAAUCGCUUCCACCCAGACAGAGGCAUCGACAACGUCCACUCCGCCAACACCCAUGCCAACUAGCAUGUCCACUGAGGGUGCAAGAAGCCAAGCUGUUGAGACAAGCACUCCCAUAACCAAAUCCAUGGCUAUCACUGCUUCCAAAAUGAGGACAGCAUCUCCCACAGCUCUCAGUCCUUCCUCUACGGCAACAAGAGCUCCCCAAGGGAUGAGCACUGGUCCCUCGACUCCUGCCGCAGUCCCACCAACUAGUGGAGGAAUCGCCUCCACCCAUGCAGAGGCAUCAACAGCGUCCACUCCGACAACACCCGUGCCAACUAGCAUGUCUACAGAGGGGUCAAGAAGCCAAGCUGUUGAGACAACCGCUCCCAUUAUCAAAUCCACAGCUAUCACCACUGCUUACCGAACCAUUACAGCAUCUCCCACCGCUCCCCUUUCUUCCAUAAGUGCACCAACAGCUCCGCAGGGGACGAGCACUGGUCCCUCGACUAUUACCACAGUGCCACCAACUAGUGGAGGAAUCGCUCCCACCCAUGCAGAGGCAUCGACAACGUCCACUCCGCCAACACCCGUGCCAACUAGCAUGUCCACUGAGGGACCAACAAGCCAAGCUAUUGAGACAACCGCUGCCAUCACUAAGUCCCCGGCUAUCACCCCUGCUUCCCGAAAGACGACUGCUGCCUCCCCAGCUCCCCAUUCUUCCUCUGCUGCAACAGGAGCUCUGCAGGGGACCAGUGCGGGUCCCCCGACUACUAGCGCAGUCCCACCAACUAGUGGAGGAAUCGCUUCCACCCAGGCAGAGGCAUCGACAACAUCCACUCCGACAACACCCGUGCCAACUAGCAUGUCCACUGAGGGCGCAAGAAGCCAAGCUGUUGAGACAAGCACUCCCAUAACCAAAUCCACGGCUAUCACUGCUUCCCAAACGAGCACAGCAUCUCCCACAGCUCUCAGUCUUUCCUCUACCGCAACAAGAGCUGCCCAAGGGACGAGCACUGGUCCCUCGACUCCUAGCGCAGUCCCACCAACUAGUGGAGGAAUCGCUUCCACCCAGGCAGAGGCAUCAACAGCGUCCACUCCGCCAACACCCGUGCCAACUAGCAUGUCUACAGAGGGGUCAAGAAGCCAAGCUGUUGAGACAACCGCUCCCAUCAGCAAGUCUGCGGCUAUUACCACUGCUUCCCGAAAGACGACUGCUGCCUCCCAAGCUCCCCAUUCUUCCACAACUGCACCAACAGCUCCGCAGGGGACGAGCACUGGUCCCUCGACUAUUACCACAGUGGCACCAACUAGUGGAGGAAUUGCUUCCACCCAUGCAGAAGUAUCGACAACGUCCACUCCGACAACACCCGUGCCAACUAGCAUGUCCACUGAGGGGUCAAGUAGCCAAGCUGUUGAGACAACCGCUGCCAUCACUAAGUCCCCGGCUAUCACCCCUGCUUCCCAAAAGACUACUGCUGCCUCCCCAGCUCCCCAUUCUUCCUCUGCUGCAACAGGAGCUCCGCAGGGGACGAGCGCUGGUCCCCCGACUACUAGCGCAGUCCCACCAACUAGUGGAGGAAUCACUUCCACCCAGGCAGAGGCAUCGACAACGUCCACUCCGCCAACACCCGUGCCAACUAGCAUGUCCACUGAGGGGUCAAGUAGCCAAGCUGUUGAGACAACCGCUGCCAUCACUAAGUCCCCGGCUAUCACCCCUGCUUCCCGAAAGACGACUGCUGCCUCCCCAGCUCCCCAUUCUUCCUCUGCUGCAACAGGAGCUCUGCAGGGGACCAGUGCGGGUCCCCCGACUACUAGCGCAGUCCCACCAACUAGUGGAGGAAUCACUUCCACCCCGGCAGAGGCAUCGACAAGGUCCACUCCGACAACACCCGUGCCAACUAGCAUGUCCACUGAGGGCGCAAGAAGCCAAGCUGUUGAGACAAGCACUCCCAUAACCAAAUCCACGGCUAUCACUGCUUCCCAAAUGAAGACAGCAUCUCCCACAGCUCUCAGUCUUUCCUCUACGGCAACAAGAGCUGCCCAAGGGACGAGCACUGGUCCCUCGACUCCUAGCGCAGUCCCACCAACUAGUGGAGGAAUCGCUUCCACCCAUGCAGAGGCAUCAACAGCGUCCACUCCGACAACACCCGUGCCAACUAGCAUGUCCACUGAGGGGUCAAGUAGCCAAGCUGUUGAGACAACCGCUCCCAUCAGCAAGUCUGCGGCUAUUACCACUGCUUCCCGAAAGACGACUGCUGCCUCCCCAGCUCCCCAUUCUUCCACAACUGCACCAACAGCUCCGCAGGGGACGAGCACUGGUCCCUCGACUAUUACCACAGUGGCACCAACUAGUGGAGGAAUUGCUUCCACCCAUGCAGAGGCAUCGACAACGUCCACUCCGACAACACCCGUGCCAACUAGCAUGUCCACUGAGGGGUCCAGUAGCAACGCUGUUGAGACAAGCACUCCCAUAACCAAAUCCACAGCUAUCACCACUGCUGCCCAAACGAGGACAGCAUCUCCCACAGCUCUCAGUCCUUCCUCUACGGCAACAAGAGCUCCCCAAGGGACGAGCGCUGGUCCCUCGACUCCUAUCGCAGUGCCACCAACUAGUGCAAGAAUCGUUUCCACCCAGACAGAGGCAUUGACAAUGUCCACUCCGACAACACCCGUGCCAACUAGCAUGUCCACUGAGGGACCAACAAGCCAAGCUGUUGAGACAAGCACUCCCAUCACAAAGUCGAUCGCUAUCACCCCUGCUUCCCAAAAGACUACUGCUGCCUCCCCAGCUCCCCAUUCUUCCACAACUGCACCAACAGUUCCACAGGGGACGAGCACUGGUCCCUCGACUCCUGCCGCAGUCCCACCAACUAGUGGAGGAAUCGCUUCCACCCAGGCAGAGGCAUCAACAGCGUCCACUCCGCCAACACCCAUGCCAACUAGCAUGUCUACAGAGGGGUCAAGAAGCCAAGCUGUUGAGACAACCGCUCCCAUCAGCAAGUCUGCGGCUAUCACCCCUGCUUCCCGAAAGACGACUGCUGCCUCCCCAGCUCCCCAUUCUUCCUCUGCUGCAACAGGAGCUCUGCAGGGGACCAGUGCUGGUCCCCCGACUACUACUGCAGUCCCACCAAAUAGUGGAGGAAUCACUUCCACCCAGGCAGAGGCAUCGACAACGUCCACUCCGACAACACCCGUGCCAACUAGCAUGUCCACUCUGGGUGCAAGAAGCCAAGCUGUUGAGACAACCGCUCCCAUAACCAAAUCCACGGCUAUCACUGCUUCCCAAAUGAGGACAGCGUCUCCCACAGCUCUCAGUCCUUCCUCUACGGCAACAAGAGCUCCCCAAGAGAUGAGCACUGGUCCCUCGACUCCUAUCGCAGUACCACCAACUAGUGGAGGAAUCGCCUCCACCCAUGCAGAGGCAUCAACAAGGUCCACUCCGACAACACCCGUGCCAACUAGCAUGUCUACAGAGGGGUCAAGAAGCCAAGAUGUUGAGACAAGCGCUCCCAUUAUCAAAUCCACGGCUAUCACCACUGCUUACCGAACCAUUACAGCAUCUCCCACCGCUCCCCAUUCUUCCACAACUGCACCAGCAGCUCCGCAGGGGACGAGCAGAGGUCUCCCGACUACUACUGCAGUCCCAGCAACUAGUGGAGGAAUCGCUUCCACCCAGACAGAGGCAUCGACAACGUCCACUCCGCCAACACCUGUUCCAACUAGCAUGUCCACUGAGGGACCAACAAGCCAAGCUGUUGAGACAAGCACUCCCAUCACAAAGUCCAUGGCUAUUACCAUUGCUUCCCGAAAGACUACUGCUGCCUCCCCAGCUCCCCAUUCUUCCACAACUGCACCAACAGUUCCACAGGGGACGAGCACUGGUCCCUCGACUAUUACCACAGUGCCACCAACUAGUGGAGGAAUUGCCUCCACCCAGGCAGAGGCAUCGACAACGUCCACUCCGCCAACACCCGUGCCAACUAGCAUGUCCACUGAGGGCCCAACAAGCCGAGCUGUUGAGACAAGCGCUCCCAUCAGCAAGUCUGCGGCUAUUACCACUACUUCCCGAAAGAUGACUGCUGCCUCCCCAGCUUCCCAUUCUUCCACAACUGCACCAACAGCUCCGCAGGGGACGAGCACUGGUCCCUCGACUAUUACCACAGUGGCACCAACUAGUGGAGGAAUUGCUUCCACCCAUGCAGAGGCAUCGACAACGUCCACUCCGCCAACACCCGUGCCAACUAGCAUGUCUACAGAGGGGUCAAGAAGCCAAGCUGUUGAGACAACCACUCCCAUAACCAAAUCCACGGCUAUCACCACUGCUUACCGAACCAUUACAGCAUCUUCCACAGCGCCCCAUUCUUCCACAACUGCACCAACAGCUCCGCAGGGGACGAGCGCUGGUCACCCGACUCCUGCCGCAGUCCCAGCAACUAGUGGAGGAAUCGCUCCCACGCAGGCAGAAGCAUCGACAACGUCCACUCUGACAACACCUGUGCCAACUAGCAUGUCUACAGAGGGGUCAAGAAGCCAAGCUGUUGAGACAACCGCUCCCAUCAGCAAGUCUGUGGCUAUUACCACUGCUUCCCGAAAGACGACUGCUGCCUCCCCAGCUCCCCAUUCUUCCACAACUACACCAACAGUUCCACAGGGGACGAGCACUGGUCCCUCGACUAUUACCACAGUCGCAUCAACUAGUGGAGGAAUCGCUCCCACCCAGGCAGAGGCAUCGACAAUGUCCACUCCGACAACACCCAUGCCAACUAGCAUGUCCACUGAGGGGUCAAGUAGCCAAGCUGUUGAGUCAACCGCUCCCAUCACUAAGUCCCCGGCUAUCACCCCUGCUUCCCGAAAGACUACUGCUGCCUCCCCAGCUCCCCAUUCUUCCUCUGCUGCACCAACAGUUCCACAAGGGACGAGCGCUGGUCCCCCGACUACUACCACAGUCCCACCAAGUAGUCCAGGAAUCACUUCCACCCAGGCAGAAGCGUCGACAACGGCCACUCCGCCAACACCCGUGCCAACUAGCAUGUCUACAGAGGGGUCAAGUAGCCAAGCUGUUGAGAGAACCGCUCCCAUCACUAAGUCCCCGGCUAUCACCCCUGCUUCCCGAAAGACUACUGCUGCCUCCCCAGCUCCCCAUUCUUCCACAACUGCACCAACAGCUCCGCAGGGGACAAGCACUGGUCCCUCGACUAUUACCACAGUGCCACCAACUAGUGGAGGAAUCGCUUCCACCCAUGCAGAGGCAUCGACAACGUCCACUCCGACAACACCCGUGCCAACUAGCAUGUCCACUGAGGGGUCAAGUAGCCAAGCUGUUGAGACAACCGCUGCCAUCACUAAGUCCCCGGCUAUCACCCCUGCUUCCCGAAAGACUACUGCUGCCUCCCCAGCUCCCCAUUCUUCCUCUGCUGCAACAGGAGGUCUGCAGGGGACCAGUGCUGGUCCCCCGACUACUAGCGCAGUCCCACCAACUAGUGGAGGAAUCACUUCCACCCAGGCAGAGGCAUCGACAACGUCCACUCCGACAACACCCGUGCCAACUAGCAUGUCCACUGAGGGACCAACAAGCCAAGCUGUUGAGACAAGCACUCCCAUCACAAAGUCCAUGACUAUCACCCCUGCUUCCCGAAAGACUACUGCAGCCUCCCCAGCUCCCCAUUCUUCCACAACUGCACCAACAGUUCCACAAGGGACGAGCGCUGGUCCCUUGACUCCUGCCACAGUCCCACCAACUAGUGCAAGAAUCACUUCCACCCAGGCAGAGGCAUCGACAAGGUCCACUCCGCCAACACCCGUGCCAACUAGCAUGUCUACAGAGGGGUCAAGAAGCCCAGCUGUUGAGACAACCGCUCCUAUUAUCGAGUCCACGGCUAUCACCACUGCUUACCGAACCAUUACAGCAUCUUCCACAGCGCCCCAUUCUUCCACAACUGCACCAACAGCUCCGCAGGGGACGAGCAGAGGUCUCCCGAGUACUACUGCAGUCCCAGCAACUAGUGGAGGAAUCGCUUCCACCCAGGCAGAGGCGUCGACAACGUCCACUCCGACAACACCCAUGCCAACUAGCAUGUCCACUGAGGGACCAACAAGCCGAGAUGUUGAGACAAGCACUCCCAUCACAAAGUCCAUGGCUAUCACCCCUGCUUCCCGAAAGACUACUGCUGCCUCCCCAGCUCUGCAUUCUUCCACAACUGCACCAACAGUUCCACAAGGGACGAGCACUGGUCCCUCGACUCCUGCCGCAGUCCCACCAACUAGUGGAGGAAUCGCUUCCACCCAUGCAGAGGCAUCGACAACGUCCACUCCGACAACACCCGUGCCAACUAGCAUGUCUGCAGAGGGGUCAAGAAGCCAAGCUGUUGAGACAACCGCUCCCAUCAGCAAGUCUGCGGCUAUUACCACUGCUUCCCGAAAGACGACUGCUGCCUCCCCAGCUCCCCAUUCUUCCACAGCUGCACCAACAGUUCCACAGGGGACGAGCACUGGUCCCUCGACUAUUACCACAGUGCCACCAACUAGUGGAGGAAUCGCUUCCACCCAGGCAGAGGCAUCGACAACGUCCACACUGAUAACACCCGUGCCUACUAGCCUGUCCACUCAGGGCCCAAAAAUCCGAGCUGUUGAGACAACCGCUGCCAUCACUAAGUCCCCGGCUAUCACCCCUGCUUCCCAAAAGACUACUGCAGCCUCCCCAGCUCCCCAUUCUUCCUCUGCUGCAACAGGAGCUCUGCAGGGGACCAGUGCUGGUUCCUCGACUACUACCGCAGUCCCACCAACUACUCCAGGAAUCACUUCCACCCAGGCAGAGGCAUUGACAAGGUCCACUCCGACAACACCCGUGGCAACUAGCAUGUCGACUGAGGGGCCCAGAAGCCGAGCUGUUGAGACAAGCACUCCCAUCACACAGUCCAUGGCUAUCACCCCUGCUUCCCGAAAGACUACUGCUGCGUCCCCAGCUCCCCAUUCUUCCACAACUGCACGAACAGUUCCACAAGGGACGAGUGCUGGUCCCUCGACUCCUGCCACAGUCCCACCAACUAGUGGAGGAAUCACUUCCACCCAGGCAGAGGCAUCGACAACGUCCACUCCGCCAACACCCGUGCCAACUAGCAUGUCCACUGAGGGGUCAAGUAGCCAAGCUGUUGAGACAAGCACUCCCAUAACCAAAUCCACAGCUCUCACCACUGCUUCCCAAACGAGGACAGCAUCUCCCACAGCUGUCAGUCCUUCCUCUACGGCAACAAGAGAUCCCCAAGGGACGAGCACUGGUCCCUCGACUCCUGCCGCAGUCCCACCAACUAGUGCAAGAAUUGCUUCCACCCAGACAGAGGCAUCCACAACGUCCACUCUGACAACACCCGUGCCAACUAGCAUGUCCACUGAGGGGUCAAGUAGCCAAGCUGUUGAGACAACCGCUGCCAUCACUAAGUCCCCGGAUAUCACCCCUGCUUCCCAAAAGACUACUGCUGCCUCCCCAGCUCCCCAUUCUUCCUCUGCUGCAACAGGAGCUCCGCAGGGGACGAGCGCUGGUCCCCCGACUACUAGCGCAGUCCCACCAACUAGUGGAGGAAUCACUUCCACCCAGGCAGAGGCAUCGACAACGUCCACUCCGCCAACACUCGUGCCAACUAGCAUGUCCACUGAGGGGUCAAGUAGCCAAGCUGUUGAGACAACCGCUGCCCUCACUAAGUCCCCGGCUAUCACCCCUGCUUCCCGAAAGACGACUGCUGCCUCCCCAGCUCCCCAUUCUUCCUCUGCUGCAACAGGAGGUCUGCAGGGGACGAGUGCUGGUCCCCCGACUACUAGCGCAGUCCCACCAACUAGUGGAGGAAUCACUUCCACCCAGGCAGAGGCAUCGACAACGUCCACUCCGACAACACCCAUGCCAACUAGCAUGUCCACUGAGGGACCAACAAGCCAAGCUGUUGAGACAAGCACUCGCAUCACAAAGUCCAUGACUAUCACCCCUGCUUCCCGAAAGACUACUGCAGCCUCCCCAGCUCCCCAUUCUUCCACAACUGCACCAACAGUUCCACAAGGGACGAGCGCUGGUCCCUUGACUCCUGCCACAGUCCCACCAACUAGUGCAAGAAUCACUUCCACCCAGGCAGAGGCAUCGACAAGGUCCACUCCGACAACACCCGUGCCAACUAGCAUGUCUACAGAGGGGUCAAGAAGCCCAGCUGUUGAGACAACCGCUCCUAUUAUCAAGUCCACGGCUAUCACCACUGCUUACCGAACCAUUACAGCAUCUUCCACAGCGCCCCAUUCUUCCACAACUGCACCAACAGCUCCGCAGGGGACGAGCAGAGGUCUCCCGACUACUACUGCAGUCCCAGCAACUAGUGGAGGAAUCGCUUCCACACAGGCAGAGGCGUCGACAACGUCCACUCCGACAACACCCAUGCCAACUAGCAUGUCCACUGAGGGACCAACAAGCCAAGCUGUUGAGACAACCGCUCCCAUCACUAAGUCCCCGGCUAUCACCCCUGCUUCCCAAACGAGGACAGCAUCUCUCACAGCUGUCAGUCCUUCCUCUACGGCAACAAGAGAUCCCCAAGGGAUGAGCACUGGUCCCUCGACUCCUAUCGCAGUCCCACCAACUAGUGCAAGAAUUGCUUCCACCCAGACAGAGGCAUCCACAACGUCCACUCUGACAACACCCGUGCCAACUAGCAUGUCGACUGAGGGACCAACAAGCCAAGCUGUUGAGACAAGCACUCCCAUCACAAAGUCCAUGGCUAUUACCAUUGCUUCCCGAAAGACUACUGCUGCCUCCCCAGCUCCCCAUUCUUCCACAACUGCACCAACAGUUCCACAGGGGACGAGCACUGGUCCCUCGACUAUUGCCACAGUCCCACCAACUAGUGCAAGAAUCGCUUCCACCCAGGCAGAGGCAUCGACAACGUCCACUCCGACAACACCCAUGCCAACUAGCAUGUCCACUGAGGGACCAACAAGCCAAGCUGUUGAGACAAGCACUCCCAUCACAAAGUCCAUGGCUAUCACCCCUGCUUCCAAAAGGACUACUGCUGCCUCCCUAGCUCCCCAUUCUUCCUCUGCUGCAACAGGAGCUCUGCAGGGGACCAGUGCUGGUCCCCCGACUACUAGCGCAGUCCCACCAACUAGUGGAGGAAUCACUUCCACCCAGGCAGAGGCGUCGACAACGUCCACUCCGGCCGCACCCAUGCCAACUAGCAUGUCCACUGAGGGGUCAAGAAGCCAAGCUGUUGAGACAACCGCUCCCAUUAUCAAAUCCACGGCUAUCACCACUGCUUACCGAACCAUUACAGCAUCUUCCACAGCUCCCCAUUCUUCCACAACUGCACCAACAGCUCCGCAGGGGACGAGCACUGGUCACCCGACUACUACUGCAGUCCCACCAACUAGUGGAGGAAUCGUUUCCACCCAGGCAGAGGCAUCGACAACGUCCACUCUGACAACACCCAUGCCAACUAGCAUGUCCACUGAGGGACCAGCAAGCCAAGCUGUUGAGACAAACACUCCCAUCACAAAGUCCAUGGCUAUCACCCCUGCUUCCCGAAAGACGACUGCUGCCUCCCCAGCUCCCCAUUCUUCCACAACUGCACCAACAGUUCCACAGGGGACGAGCACUGGUCCCUCGACUAUUACCACAGUCCCAUCAACUAGUGGCGGAAUCGCUUCCACCCAGGCAGAGGCGUCGACAACAUCCACUCCAACAACACCCAUGGCAACUAGCAUGUCCACUGAGGGACCAACAAGCCGAGCUGUUGAGACAACCGCUCCCAUCAGCAAGCUUGUGGCUAUUACCAAUGUUUCCCGAAAGACGACUGCUGCCUCCCCAGCUCCCCAUUCUUCCACAGCUGCACCAACAGGUCCACAGGGGAUGAGCUUUGGUCCCUCGACUCCUGCCGCAAGCCCACCAACUAGUGGAGGAAUCGCUCCCACCCAGGCAGAGGCAUCGACAACGUCCACUCCGACAACACCCAUGCCAACUAGCAUGUCCACUGAGGGACCAACAAGCCAAGCUGUUGAGACAAGCACUCCCACGGCAAUGUCCAUGCCUAUCACCCCUGCUUCCCAGAAGACUACUGCUGCCUCCCCAGCUCUGCAUUCUUCCACAACUGCACCAACAGUUCCACAAGGGACGAGCACUGGUCCCUCGACUACCACCACAGUCCCACCAACUAGUGGCGGAAUCGCUUCCACCCAGGCAGAGGCAUCGACAACGUCCACUCCGACAACAUCCAAGGCAACUAGCAUGUCGACUGAGGGACCAACAAGCCAAGCUGUUGAGACAAGCGCUCCCAUCAGCAAGUCUGCGGCUAUUACCACUGCUUCCCGAAACACGACUGCUGCCUCCCCAGCUCCCCAUUCUUCCACAACUGCACCAGCAGCUCCGCAGGGGACAAGUGCUGGUCCCCCGACUACUACCGCAGUGCCACCAACUAGUGGAGGAAUCGCCUCUACGCAGGCAGAGGCAUCGACAACGUCCACUCCGAGAAAACCCGUGCCAACUAGCAUGUCCACUGAGGGGUCAAGUAGCCAAGCUGUUGAGACAACCGCUGCCAUCGCAAAGUCCCCGGCUAUCACCCCUGCUUCCCAAAAGACUACUGCUGCGUCCCCAGCUCCCCAUUCUUCCACAACUGCACCAACAGUUCCACAAGGGACGAGCACUGGUCCCUCGACUAUUACCACAGUGCCACCAACUAGUGGAGGAAUCGCUUCCACCCAUGCAGAGGCAUCGACAACGUCCACUCCGCCAACACCCGUGCCAACUAGCAUGUCUACAGAGGGGUCAAGAAGCCAAGCUGUUGAGACAACCGCUCCCAUUAUCAAAUCCCCGGCUAUCACCACCGCUUACCGAACCAUUACAGCAUCUCCCACAGCUCCCCAUUCUUCCACAACUGCACCAACAGCUCCCCAUGGGUCCAGCAGAGGUCUCCCGACUACUACUGCAGUCCCACCAACUAGUGGAGGAAUCGCUUCCACCCAGGCAGAGGCAUCGACAACGUCCACUCCGCCAACACCCGUGCCAACUAGCAUGUCGACUGAGGGACCAACAAGCCAAGCUGUUGAGACAACCGCUCCCAUCACUAAGUCCCCGGCUAUCACCACUGCUUACCGAAAGACUACUGCUGCCUCCCCAGCUCCCCAUUCUUCCUCUGCUGCAACAGGAGCUCCGCAGGGGACCAGUGAUGGUCACCUGACUACUACUGCAGUGCCACCAACUAGUGGAGGAAUCGCUUCCACCCAGACAGAGGCAUCGACAACGUCCACUCCAACAACACCCGUGCCAACUAGCAUGUCCACUGAGGGGUCAAGUAGCCAAGCUGUUGAGACAAGCACUCCCAUAACCAAAUCCACGGCUAUCACUGCUUCCCAAACGAGCACAGCAUCUCCCACAGCUCUUAGUCCUUCCUCUUCCGCAACAAGAUCUCCCCAAGGGAAGAGCAUUGGUCCCUCGACUACUACCGCAGUGCCACCAACUAGUGGAGGAAUCGCUUCCACCCAGGCAGAGGCAUCGACAACGUCCACUCCGACAACACCCAUGGCAACUAGCAUGUCCACUGAGGGACCAACAAGCCAAGCUGUUGAGACAAGCGCUCCCAUCACAAAGUCCAUGACUAUCACCCCUGCUUCCCGAAAGACUACUGCAGCCUCCCCAGCUCCCCAUUCUUCCACAACUGCACCAACAGUUCCACAAGGGACGAGCACUGGUCCCUCGACUACUACCGCAGUGCCACCAACUAGUGCAAGAAUCGCUUCCACCCAUGCAGAGGCAUCGACAACGUCCACUCUGACAACACCCAUGCCAACUAGCAUGUCUACAGAGGGGUCAAGUAGUCAAGCUGUUGAGACAACUGCUCCCAUCACAAAGUCGAUCGCUGUCACUACUGCUUCCCGAAAGACUACUGCUGCCUCCCCAGCUCCCCAUUCUUCCUCUGCUGCAACAGGAGCUCCGCAGGGGACUAGUGCUGGUCACCCGACUACUACUGCAGUCCCACCAACUAGUGGCGGAAUCGCUUCCACCCAGGCAGAGGCAUCGACAACGUCCACUCCAACACCCAUGCCAACUAGCAUGUCCACUGAGGGGUCAAGAAGCCAAGCUGUUGACAUGACCGCUCCCAUAACCAAAUCCACGGCUAUCACCACUGCUUCCCAAACCAUUACAGCAUCUCCCACAGCUCUCAGUCCUUUCUCUACUGCCCCAACAGCUCUCCAGGGGACGAGCCGAGGUCUCCCUACUACUACUGCAGUCCCACUAAGUAGUACAGGAAUCGCUUCCACCCAGGCAGAGGCAUCGACAACGUCCACUCUGACAACACCCAUGCCAACUAGCAUGUCCACUGAGGGACCAGCAAGCCAAGCUGUUGAGACAUCUGCUCCCAUCAGCAAGUCCACGACUAUCACCACUGCUUCCCAAAUGAUGACAGCAUCUCCCACAGUUCUCAGUCCUUCCUCUGCUGCAACAAGAGCUCUGCAGGGGACAAGCACUGGUCCCCUGACUACUAGCGCAGUCCCACCAACUAGAGGAGGAAUCACUUCCACCCAGGCAGAGGCAUCGACAAGGUCCGCUCCGACAACACCCGUGCCAACUAGCAUGUCCACUGAGGGGCCAACAAGCCGAGCUGUUGAGACAACCGCUCCCAUCAGCAAGUCUGCGGCUAUUACCACUGCUUCCCGAAAGACUACUGCUGCCUCCCCAGCUCCGCACUCUUCCACAACUGCAACAACAGGUCCCCAAGGGACAAGCACUGGUCCCUUGACUACUACUGCAGUCCCACCAAGUAGUGCAAGAAUCGCUUCCACACAGGCAGAGGCAUCAACAACGUCCACUCCGAGAAAACCCGUGGCAAUUAGCAUGUCGACUGAGGGACCAACAAGCCAAGCUGUUGAGACAAGCACUCCCAUCAGCAAGUCUGCAGUUAUUAGCACUGCUUCCCGAAAGACUACUGCUGCCUCCCCAGCUCUGCAUUCUUCCACAACUGCACCAACAGUUGCACAAGGGACAAGCUCUGGUCCCUCAACUCCUACCGCAGUCCCACCAACUAGUGGAGGAAUCGCUUCCACCCAGGCAGAGGCGUCGACAACGUCCACUCCGACAACACCUGUGCCAACUAGCAUGUCGACUGAAGGACCAACAAGCCAAGCUGUUGAGACAACCGCUCCCAUCACUAAGUCCCCGGCUAUCACCCCUGCUUCCCAAAAGACGACUGCUGCCUCCCCAGCUCCCCAUUCUUCCUCUGCUGCAACAGGAGCUCCGCAGGGGACGAGCACUGGUCACCCGACUACUACUGCAGUCCCACCAACUAGUGGAGGAAUCGCUUCCACCCAGGCAGAGGCAUCGACAACGUCCACUCCGCCAACACCCGUGCCAACUAGCAUGUCCACUGAGGGACCAACAAGCCAAGCUGUUGAGACAAGCGCUCCCAUCAGCAAGUCCACGACUAUCUCCUCUGCUUCCCAAAUGAUGACAGCAUCUCCCACACCUCUCAGUUCUUCCUCUGCUGCAACAAGAGCUCUUCAGGGGAUGAGCAUAGGUUCCUCGGCUCCUACCGCAGUCCCACUAACUAGUCCAAGAAUUCCUUCCACCCAGUCAGAGGCAUUGAGAAUGUCAACUCUGACAACACCCGUGCGAACAAGCAUGUCCACUGAUGUGUCAAGAAGCCAAGCUGCAGGAACCACUGCUCCCAUCAGCAAGUCUGCGGUUAUUACCACUGCUUCCCGAAAGACGACUGCUGCCUCCCCAGCUCCCCAUUCUUCCUCUAUUGCACCAACAUUUCCCCAAGGUACAAGCACUGGUAGCCCGACUACUACCGCAGUGCCACCAAGUAGUGGAGGAACUGCCUCCACCCAGGCAGAGCAAUCAACAGUGUCCACUCCGACACCUUCCAUGGCAACUAGCAUGUCUACAGAGGGGUCAACAAGCCGAGCUGUUGAGACAACUGCUCCCAUCAGCAAGUCCACAGCUAUUACCACUGCUUCCCGAAGAAUGACUGCUGCAUUCCGAUCUCCCAGUUCUUACUCCACUCCCACAACAGCUCCCCAGAGGAUUAGCACAGUUCCCCUGAUUCCUACUGCAGUGCCGGCAACUAGUAGAGGAAUAGCCUCCACACAGUCAGAGAUGUUGACAAGAACCACUCCAACAAGACCCGCACCAGCUAGUGUGUCCACUGAGGGAUCAAGAAGCCAAGCUGUUGAGACCACCGCUCCCAUCACAAAGUCCAUGGCUCUUACCACUGCUUCCCAUACCACAACCGCUUCCUCCCCAGCUCCAAGUUUAGCUCCUUCUAAAGUUUACACAGAAAUAAUGCAACAAAGAACAGUUAAUAACCUGGGAAAACAACGUAAGGAAAAUGCCACGUCACCCUCUACUCUUCAGAUUGGCAGGACCACAACCAUCAGUCCAAAAGUCACAACCACUGCAGAGGAAGCAUUUCCCCCUAUCACUGACAGAGAGAAAGCGACAGUCCCCUACCUAACGAAAACUGAAAAAAACUUGGUUGCCCUAAAGAGCACUUCUGGAAUGAAAACAAAAAUGGCAUAUACCUCAGCUUUACAUGAAAAAUUGACUAUGCCUCUCAAGACAAAUACAGCAGGGAGAACAACACUAGCGAUCUCUUCCAAGCUACAGACAAACUCUAAAUCAACUGACAGCAACUCCCCUCUUGCGGCAGCCACACCAGGUACAGCCACCGUCACAGGCACUUCACCCCUUGAGACAACUACCGCCAUCACGUCUACAGCUGCAGAAACAGCCAGCACUGCUCCCCAGUCCACUUCUCCUCCCAAGACUACAGCUUCCCCCACUUCUGCUCUGGCAAACGCCUCAUCCAGGUCUUGCGAUGACCACGGCAGCCACUUCUGGCCUGGCUGA